AUGGCGAAAAGAAAAAAUAAGGUGAAGCGAAACCCGAAGGGAGGCAUAAAGAAAGGUGACAAGAUUCAUGGGCAAAAGAAGGGGAAAAAGGGUGAGGCUGCUGCGUAUGUGACCCGAGCGCAGGCUUUGGCAAAGCUGCAAAUACCGCUGGCGGAUUUCCGCAAGCUUUGCAUUCUGAAGGGAAUCUAUCCUCGGGACCCCAAGAAGAAGGCUCAUGGCAAUGACAAAACAUACUACCACCAGAAGGAUAUCGCUUUUCUGAGGCAUGAGCCAUUGCUCAGCAAGUUCUUCGAGCUGAAGACCUUCAUGAAGAAGUUCAAGCGCCUGAUGGGCCGACGUGAAAUCAAGAGCGCCAGACGCUUCGAGGAGAGAAAGCCAAAGUACACGCUACAUCAUCUUGUGCGAGAAAGGUAUCCAUCCUUCGAUGAUGCCAUCCGUGAUUUGGAUGAUGCGGUGAGUAUGUUGGCUCUUUUCCAAUCGCUGUCUGCAGACCAGGCCAAAGACAUACCCGUCGAGGCCAUCACCGAAGCAACGCAGCUCUAUCAGGAGUUUCAGCUGUACGUGAUCCGCGCGCAGGCUCUGCGCAAAGUCUUUGCAUCCAUCAAGGGCUAUUACUUUCAGGCAGACAUCCUUGGCCAUUCCGUGACGUGGCUGGCCCCUCACCAGUUUGCACAGGAGCUUCCGGCAGAGGUAGACUUUCGGGUCAUGCUGACUUUCUUGGAGUUCUAUCGUGCUAUGGUCAAGUUUGUCAAUUUCCGGCUGUACAGCGAUCUUGGUCUGUCAUAUCCGCCAAGGCGUGAUGUUGUGCUGGAGCGGACGUCAGCGGAUGUGGCUGCGCUCGAAGUGGAAAUGCGUGAGGCAGGAAAAGCGCAGCAGCUGCACAGCCAGGACAGCACUGAAAUUGAGACGAGCGUGUUGAAGGACUUUGGAGAUCAAAGUGAGGUGGCGGAGGCUUUAGCCGAAGCUGGAAGAAUGAAGACUACGUUCAGAGGUCUUCGUGUCUUCGUCAACCGAGAAGUGCCGUUAAGGCCUUUAUACUUUGUUCUUCUUUGUGGCGGAGUUGCCGAGGUGGGUUGGGAGAGAGGCGCGCAAGCUGGUGAAUCUGCGGGACCCGGAUCCGCUUUUCCCAUGGAAGGUGACUCCAUCACACAUCAAGUAGUUGAUCGGCCAGCGGGUUCUUUUGAAGUGCGGCCUGGACGUGAAUACGUUCAGCCUCAGUGGGUCUUCGAUUGCUUCAACAUUGGUUGCUUGCUGCCCAUUGCCCCAUAUGCGGCGGGUCGCACACCGCCUCCUCACCUUUCACCCUUUGUGGAUGACAAAGCCGAGGGCUAUGUGCCUCGCCAACGUGAGAUCCUGGAUCGGUUUGCUGCCGAGGUGUCUGGGAAACAAGACACCGAGAAGGACACAGGCGACUCUGUGACUAUGGCCACUGUCGGCACUAGCUUGCAACACUUUGGAGAGGAGUUGCAGGCGGAGUCCAGCGGGCUCUGGCAUUCUGAGUUCAGAAGGCAACGGGAAGAAGAAGCAGCUGCAAAUAUGGCACGCGCCACUAAAACAGAGGAUUCUGGAGCAGUGGAUGCCGACGACUUGCAGCCAGCUCACAGGCCAUCGGAAGCAGAAGAGGAGCGACUACGCGCAAAAGCAUUGAUGCCAAAGAAGCACAAGCGAUUGCUGCAACGCAUUGAGAAUGCAGAAGCCAAGCGCAAAGAUGCAAGCAAGAGGCUUAAAAGGAAGGCUGAAGCCGCGACUUCUUGA